AUCAGUCGCUCACGGACAUGAGCCUAUAUUUACACGUCGAGCCUGAAAAACACCCCCCAGCUGAACGACAUGCUGUGUGGCACGGCGUUGAAGUUCUGGCAAACCGUUUGUAUAAACCGAGCGGCCGAGAUAAUGGUCUGGGGCUUAGUGAUGGGUACUAUGAUUGCUGAAGUUGCCAGUCCUACGUCCGAAGCAACGUCCACUGCAUUCAUUGAAGAUCGAGCCGCUAUCCGCGACUGCGUCUUAGACGCGUUAUCUCUCACAAGGGCCCGGAUGGCCGACGUUUUCGACCAAGACCACAAGCCCAUCCAACCAAAGGGGCAGGCCUGGCUCAAGGUGGCUAUCCACCCUGUCGUUAGCAUCAUGCAUCUCAAACAGGCACACGAGGAUGAUUUCAAACGCGAAAAGCCGAGCAAAGCGUCUGCUCCACCGGUCAUAGUUAACGGCCAUGAGGAGCAUGAAGUCGACCGCAUAUUACAAGUCAAAGCCAAUGAACUACUGUUGCGUCGGAAGAACGGGGACCAGACCUGGGAACCAUUAGACAACGUACGGGAAGACAUCCCGGAGAUGCUGAAGGCAUACCAGAGGGGCCAGCGAAGGCGGCGAAUACUUAGACGCGAAUAG